AUGUCUUCUGCCCCGCCCCACGCCACCAACCCCUCAUCGCGCAAGACCUUCACCAUUGGCACGCGCAAGUCCAAGCUUGCUCUGCUUCAAACAGACCUGGUUCAAGCGGCGCUCAAGCAAACAUGGCCGGACUAUGAAUUCAAGAUUCACUCCCGAGAGACCGCAGGCGACCAGAACACGACCAUUGCGCUCCGUGACUUUACGACCAAGAACCUGUGGACCCAGGAACUGGAGGACCUUCUGAUCGCUGGCCAGGUUGACUUCAUUGUACACUCUCUCAAGGAUGUGCCGACUCUUCUCCCCUCCUCCUGCACCCUCGGCCCUAUGAUGAAGCGCGAAGACACAAGAGACGUCCUGGUCAUGAAGAAGGGCCUUUCAUACACAAGUCUGGCCGAGCUGCCAGAAGGCUCCGUCGUCGGCACUUCAUCCAUCCGUCGGACCGCCCAACUCGCCCGUCGCUACCCCCACCUCAAAGUUAUGGAUGUGCGCGGUAACAUUGGCACUCGGUUGUCGAAGCUAGAUGCAGAGGAUGGCCCUUUCACGUGCCUCAUCCUGGCUGCUGCUGGUUUGCUGAGAUUGGAUCUGGGCGAUCGUAUCACCAGCUAUCUGGAUUCGAAGAACGGAGGAAUGCUCUAUGCUGUCGGUCAGGGUGCUCUCGGCAUUGAGAUCCGGAAGGAUGACCAGCAGGUGCUGGAUAUGCUACAGAACAUCGGCCACAAGGAGACCACUUUUGCUUGCUUGGCAGAGCGGAGCCUCCUGCGUACCCUUGAAGGUGGAUGCAGUGCGCCGUUGGGUGUUGAGUCCGAAUGGGUUAAUGGUGCUUUGACGAUGCGGUCCAUUGUGGUUAGUGUGGAUGGCAAGGAGAGCGCUGAGGUUGAGGUUGAUGGGGCUGUUGAUUCGCCUCAGGCUGCGGAAGAGUUCGGUGUUACGGUGGCUAAGGCAUUGGUUGAGAAGGGCGCGGGCAAGAUCCUGGACGAAAUCCAGCGCAACAAGCAGACUGCUUAG